AUGGAUCCUAUAGAAGAACAAUCUCAAGAAAUUGAAGUAUUACAAUCAAUUUAUCCUGAUGAAUUAACUAUAAUUGAUAAUACAAAUUUCAUAAUUCGAAUAGAUUUAGAUACUCCAUCUGAAAGAAAUCAUAGUUUGAAUUUACAUGUCAAAUAUCCUCCAAAUUAUCCAGAAGUAAUUCCUCAAUUAUCUAUAGAAAUAGCUGAACCUACAAAUGGUGAUAACAACAGUGACUAUUAUGAAGACGAAGAUGAAGAAGAUGAUGAAGAAGAUAAUGACGAUGACGAUAUUAAAUUAGCAUUAAAUAUGGCAGAAACCAUUGAAUUUGAUUCUAAAAUAGAUCUUAAUGAUAAAUUAAUGAAUAAAUUAUUAAAAGAAAGUGAAUUAAAUUUAGGUAUACCAAUGAUUUUUAAUUUAAUUACUAUACUUAAAGAAGAACUGGAAAAUUUAUUUAAUGAAAAAUUAAUUUUAAAACAAAAUCAAUUUAAUCAACAACAAAAAAUUAAAGAAUUAAAUGAACAAAAAAAAUUUCAUGGUAUUAAAGUUACUGAAAAACUGUGGUUAAAUUGGCGUAAUAAAUUUAGAAAAGAAAUGAAUUAUGAAUUAUAUGAUAAACAAAGAUUUGAAAUUAUGCAUAAAGGAAAAUUAACUGGGAAACAAAUAUUUGAAAAAGGUUUAGCUAAUGAUGAAACAGAAGAAAUUGAACAAGAAAUUAAACAAGAAAUUAAACAAGAUAAAGAUAAAAAUAAAGAUAAAGAUAAAGAUAUUGUUGAAGGGAUUAAAAGACUAUAA